AUGGGGCCUAGAGUGAAUUCUCUUAAGAAUACUAUGGCUACUAGGUUGAGGGACUUUGUGAGGAUGAAUCCUCUGGUAUUUCUUAGUUCCAAGGUGGGAGAAGAUCCCCAAGAGUUUUUGGAUAAGCUGUAUAAGAUAGUCAAUGCUAUGGGGGUGACUUCUAGAGAAAAAGUGAAACUAGCUUCUUACCAAUUGAAGGAUGUUGCCCAAGUUUGGUUCACUAAAUGGAAAAGCAAUAGGCUGGAGUCCAAACUUAAGAGGAAAAAUAGGGAGUUGAAGAGGUUUAGGUCCGAUGAUCAAGGUCAACCUAGGUUCAAGAAGAGACCUCCAAACCAAGAGUCUUCAAGAACUCCUAAGGUUAACCAAGAGAGAGGUGGUGGGACUCUAUUUGCUAAACCCACUUGUCACAAUUAUGGAAAGAAGCAUCAUGGAAAGUGCCUAGACAGUACCAGUGGGUGUUAUGGCUGUGGAAAGAAUGAUGACCAAGUGAAAGAUUGCCCUACUCUUACGGCCAAAGGAAGGGAGGCCAAACAAGCUUCUCUUGAUGGGCCGGAUCCUAAUGCUCCAAAGAGAAACCAUUUUUAUGUGCUUUAA